AGCUGCUCCUCAUAUUUUCGCCAUAGCCAAAUUGAAGUUCAAAACAGCUGAAAUCUGCCUCUAGAGAUGGAGAAAGAGGGACCUUUGGACAGAAUCCUCUUUUAUAAAGUCAUCCCUGUUAGCUAAGAAUUUAUUUAUUUAUUAUUUUUUUCACAAAUAUGAACGCAUUCUCUUCUAGGCUUCCCAAAUUACUCAAAGAAUCCACCCCUUUGCUCCGUGAAAAAUUUGCGUCUUUCUUAGAGACAUGUUCAAAUGUCAAUUUAUUGAAGAAGUUACACGCUUGUUUAUGUACCCGAGGCCUUGCAGAUAACAAAUUUUUGAGAUCCAAGCUUGUCAAAUCCUAUACAAGAUUCAAUCUCUUAAAAGAGUCCAAAUGGGUUUUUGAUAAAGUUGUUGAUAACAAUCUUCCUCUCUGGAUUUCAGUUAUUGUUGGGUACUUUAGAGGUGAUAACUUUGAUGAAGUGUUGAGGCAAUAUAUAGAACUGAGGCGAAUAAAUAUUGGUAUUCAUAGUUCUGCGCUCACAUUAGGUUUGAAAAGUUGUGUUGAAUUGGGGACUUUUGAAUUUGGAAGAGCCAUUCAUGUGGAUGGUUUUAAAUUUGGAUUGAGUAAUGAUCAAUUUGUGGGGUCAUCUUUGAUUGGGUUUUAUUCGAAAUUUGAUCACAUUGAGAAAGCAGCUAAAGUGUUUGAAGAAAUUAUUAACAGAGAUGUGGUUACUUAUACUUCGAUUAUCACGGGGUACGCUCAUGCUGCUGAUCUUUUUGCUUACAAAGCUUUUAGAAUGACAUCUCAUAUGCAAUGGGACGGAAUUGAGCCUAAUAGGGUUACUUUGGUAAGUUUACUUCAGGCUGCAUCACAAUUAGGAGCACUAGAAGAGGGAAAAUCAAUUCAUGGUUAUGGAAUUAGAAGAGGCAUUGGUUGCCUAGAUGAAGUUUUUGAAACAAUCCUGAUGGAUAUGUAUAUAAAGUGUGGUGAUCCAAACAAGGCAGCUGCAAUCUUUGAAAAGAUGGAUGAAAAGCCUAUUGGUUCUUGGAAUGCUUUGAUUGCUUGUCAUGUUCAACUGGGAGAGCCGUUGAAAGCUCUCAACCUGUUUUCCCAAAUGGUGGAAGAAGACUGUGAGCUUGAUUUGAUCACUUUAGCAAAUGGACUAAUGAGUUGUGCAGAUUUGGGGAAUUUGGUUAUGGGAAAAAGUAUUCAUAGUUACAUAAUUCGAUCAGGAAUUCGACUUGAUCUUGUCACUACCACAAAUUUAAUUGAUAUGUACUCGAAAUGUAAGCACUUAACUGAAGCAAGUGAAGUCUUUAACAAAUCAGAGGAUAAAGAUAGUGUUUUAUUUAAUGUGAUGAUAGCUGCUUAUCAAUGUAAUGGAUUUCCACAUCGGGCCAUGGAGACAUUUAAUGAAAUGGUAAUGGCAGGUGUUAGACAGAAUACUAGUACCAUCUUGAGUGUGCUCUCAUCAUUAUCUGAUAUAAAAAACUCACGGGCAGGCAAGUGCAUCCAUGGAUAUGUGCUUGAACUUGGUUUUGAAGCGAACACUGAAGUUGCUAAUCAACUUAUGAACAUGUACGCAAAAUGUGGCUUCAUAGGAUGUGCAAGAAAAGUUUUUGACACAUUGAAGAUUAAGGAUACAGUAUCUUGGACAACACUUAUGAUGGGUUACAUUAAUCACAAUCUUGCUGAUGAAGCAAUGACCUUGUUUAGGUUGAUGCUAAGAGAAAAGCUUUGCCUUGAUUCUGUAGCUUUAACAAGUGUGCUUCAGGCAUUAAAUCAGCUUGGGAUUGUAAGUUUAGCAAGAGAAGUUCACUGUCUUGCAUAUCGAAUAUCUGUGGAAGAAGAUAUAUUUUUAAUCAAUUCCCUAAUUAUUACUUAUAGCAGAUGUGGAAAAUUAACGAUGGCUAGAAAUUUGUUUGGACACAUGUCUGAACGUCAUUUAUCAUCAUGGAACACUAUGAUAGCUGCGUAUAGGAUGCAUGGGGAUUGCGUACAGGCACUCAAAUUGUUUGACCAGAUGAGAAGAGAGAAGAUCUCACCUGAUGAGGUUACCUUCACAUCAGUACUCUCCGCCUGCAGUCAUUCUGGAUCUUUAGAAAAGGGCUUGUGUAUUUUCUGGUCCAUGGAGAAAGAAUAUGGAGUUGUUCCAUCAGAGGAGCAUUAUGGCUGUGUAGUGGAUUUGUUGGGACGAGCAGGACAGAUAGAAGAAGCAUACAAUCUUCUAAAAAAAUUUCCAUCAGAACAGUGUUCUUCUGCUCUUAGGGCUCUGCUAGCUGCUUGCAGAGUUCAUGGUAGUACUGCGAUGGGGGAAAGAAUAGGAAGAUGGUUAUUGAAUAUGGAGCCCCAACAUACAAGCAUUUAUUGUGCUGUGUCGAAUAUGUACGCUGGAGGAGGAAAAUGGGAUGAUGUAGCGCGUAUCGGAGCUAUUGCAAAGGGGAAAGGUUUGAAAAGGACUACAGGGUAUAGCCUUGUUGAUUUAUGCUAAAUUUGCCUUACCGUCAUUGAGGAUAUUGCUCGAAUUUUAGAUAGCUUAACCAAAUACAUACCUUCAUGCUGUCUAUAUCGGUAACAAAAAUUCUUUGAACAUACAUGCUGCUGUAAAGUUGCUCCCAAGCACAAUUUCGCUGCUAAAUAGUUCUUUGGUAAUUUCUUUAUGUGGACUUGAUUCUGUUCCUGCAUAGAUAGGGCUGAUUUCCAGUACUAGGCCGAGGUUCCAGCCUAUAAUGCCUAACCAGGUUGAGAUGUAACUGCGCUUGGAAUCAGACAUAAGGAUUGUUGGGAUUCUGAACCUACAGAUCAGCAGUUCUAGGGUUACUAAUGCUGAUAUACAAUUAAUUGAGGCCGUUGAGGCCUAGAAGACCCCAGGCCUCCAGCCCAUGGGAUGAUUCUUCUUCUGUUUACUUGAUCAUAUAGAAGGAAAUUUAGCUUCUUAGAUAAUUGAAUGUGAUGUUAAGUGUGAUUUUGGUAGUUUGCAAGUUCAAUUAUUAUUAUUAUUUGUUGGUAAUAUCUAGAGUAGCAAACCAUACUAGAGGUGUUACAUUAAAUUGACCUAAUGAUGAUUCUGUUAAGGUGUUCAUUGAUCCUAGCAGCACGAUCAACUUAUUAUCAAUUGGUCAAUUUUUUGUAAUGCUUCUAAUAUGGUUUACUACACUGAGGUGUUCAUUGAUCGUAGCAGCACAAACAACCAUUUAUAAAGGUUUCUGGAAUUGAGCCUUACUCGAUUUGGAACUUCCAAUGGUUUUACGCCCAAGAAAGAGAAGACCGAGAAGCAGCAGUCUAGAUCAUCUUUGCAAUCACACACCUGCAUGGAUGUGGCAUGUGAUUGGAAUGAAUGGCGAGAAUGGCAAGUCAUAAUAUUGCAUUCGUUUCAGGUUGGUAUUUUGCUGCUUAUUUCAGAUUCCCAAUCCUCUUAUUGAAGAAUGUAUUGAUAGAACAGAAUAGGUGGAAUUUGGGCUGUAAAUAUGCCAUGAGCGGAUUAUUUAGUUGUUUGUAGAAUUCAGCUAACUCUGACAAAAUGGAAGUGCUGAACGUUUUUGGAAGAGGGACGCGCUGUGGAAAUCUGUGAAGCCAGCACUCUUUGGAAUGAUGAUAGGGUCAAAAAUCCUUGUUCAGCAUCUUUCUGUUCAUCACAGUUGGAUUGCGCAUCAGACUCUUUGGUUCAACUGCUUUCCAGAAAUUUCUAAAGCACUGAGCCACAGAUUGAUUGCACUUUGGCUGUCGCUGAUAAGCAAAAUUGCCAAGUUAGUAUUAUAGCACUUUAUCUUAAUUGUCUAAUGAUAGCUAGAAUUGUUAGUCAAGUGAAUUGUUUAGUACAAGUUUGUUGGUCUACUAAGGAUGAAGAGUCUUGCUGCGUUAUCAGAAGUAUGGCAUUAAUAAAAUUCAGCAUGAUAUCCUCUGUUGUUGAAAGUUAA